CCGAUCAAACAAGUCAUCGUUCAGUGUCUCAUUCAGCUACAGAAAAACAGCACAACAACAAAAACAAAGCACAGAAUGAAUCUUAUCCUGGUGCUCGCUUUGGGACUGGCAGGAGCGUCUCCCCUGGGGGAUAACAAGGAGUGCCAGCCUCACUCCAGACCCUGGCAGGUGUACAUGCACGGUGGAGGAGCGUCCUGCAGCGGAGCUCUCGUUGACCAGUGGUGGAUAGUAACCACCCUUCUGUGUGCACCCGUACCCCACAGCACCAUUGCAUCCUUGGGAGACCACAAUGUGGCAGUGGAGGAAGGAACCGAGCAGCACAUCCACGUUGCCGAGGUGAUCCGUCACAGCCCCUACCGCUCGCCCCUCCACAGCCUCGCGAUGGUGCGUCUGGCCAGGCCAGCUCGCUUCAACCAGCACGUCCAGCCCAUCCCUCUGCCCAGCCGCUGCCCGCAGCCUGGGGAGAUCUGCUCUGUCAGUGGCUGGGGCUCCACCACGCCCAAUCAUUUCGAGCCUCAUCAGCGUCUGAAGUGUAUAACUGUGCCGAUUGUGGAGGAUCAGACGUGUAUUAAUACAUUCCCGGAGUACCUGUACUGGAGCCUGGGCAUGGUCUGCGCUGGUCAAGCGGACACAGAUAACUGCCUGGAUAAUGGUGGCAGUGUGAUGGUGUGCGGAGGCCAGCUGCAGGGUGUGCAGUGGUUCAGACAUGGCUGCAGAGACCCAUCUCACCCGAGUGUCUACACCAAGCUGUGCAAGUACAACGACUGGAUCAACAAUGUGAUGGACCACAAUACACCGACUGUGCCAAGUGCGACCACUCCAAGGAUAAUGACAUGAGGCCUCAGACACUAAUUCAUCUCAAAUUAGAUUAAGUCUUUAUUCUAAUUAUUGCAACACUUUUAGAGUUUACCCUUCCAGACAAGUAAGAAAAUCCCAAAAUCCAGAUUGGAAUAUAAUAUAUAUCCUACACUCAAAAAAAAAGAAUAUAACAAAUUAAAAUAAAAUGUAACACUUUAUGUUUUAUUCAUGGUAUUUACUGCACCCUUUACUCUGAUUGCUCCUUUUUCCUCAUUUGCCUCAGUAAACCCAUUCCACAGCUGGCUAAUAGCUGCUGCUAAUUGGCUCUGAUUCUUUCACACUACAUCAUAACUCCACACACGCUGCUGUGUGUGUGACACUGGGAGUGAAUUAGACGUGACAGGGGACAUUUGUUUGUUCCACAUGUUGAACACCAAAACCUCUAAAUCUUGUGGCUGCCUCCUCCUGGAGGACAACAUCCUCCGAUCGACUGUUUUGUAAUAAUAAAAUGGAUUAAUGACUCGUGAUGAAUGAUAAAUGAGAAUCAUCAUCCAGUUCUGAAGUACACAUCAAAUCUAUAGAGGCUUUUAGCGUCUUUUAGCCCAUUGUUUUGGUUUUGACUUUAACGUUUUGAGCAAAAGGCCCCAACAAACGUUUUCACAACAGUGGACAGUGCAAGUUAUCAUCUGGUGAGCAGAGAGGAGCGCACAGCAGCAAAAGAGCCUGAAGUCACACUCAGAGGUCAAGGAGAGUAAAUACGGGAGUUAUAUUUGUCACAUGAUCAGAACUUGACUCCAAAUGAAUGCAAUGUUGUUUCAUUCUUGUUUGCCAACACGUCGACACCAUGUAAACUUUAUAAGCUAAUAAAACUGUCUGUCAUUGUUAUGUUCACAUCUUCCUCUGA